CACACACACACACAUACAUUUAUAUUCUUUGUCUAUAUAUGUAUAUGAUAAUCAGUUUUACAUAUCUAUCUAUGUUGUAAUAUGUAAUUGUAUGUUGUAUACAAACAUUUCAAUGAUAUACAAGAUCGAAUCUACAGGUCAAAGAGCAGUUAUUUCGUUCAUUAUCUUCAAACAUUUAGAACAACUCUGUAGCAAGGGAGAGACAAGAUGAAUAAAAUAAAUAUGUUAAUUAAAGUAUGUACAAACUAUGGUAAAUUAUGUAUUCGCUCUUAUAGUACAAAAGUUGGGAUAAUUGGAGUACCAUUUGAUAAAGGGCAGGAGAAAGAAGGAGUGGCUUGUGGACCAGAUGCAAUUAGAGCAGCAAAGUUGAUAAACGAAUUAAAAACAUUAGAGUUGGAUGUACAAGAUUAUGGUGAUGUGCUCUACGAUAAAAAUAAUAAUACAAGUGGCAUAAAUAAUAUGUCCCAUUUGGGUUACAUAGCAAGUUGUACAAGUCGUUUGUCCGAACAAGUUCGACAAGUAUUACGAGAUGGUAGACAAGUAUUGACAAUCGGUGGUGAUCACAGCUUGAGUAUUGGAACUAUUGAUGGACACGUAAAAGAAAAACAAGAUGUAGCAGUGCUAUGGGUGGAUGCCCAUGCGGAUUUAAACACCGAUAGGACCAGUGAGAGUGGUAAUGUACAUGGAAUGCCUGUUGCAUUAUUAACUUCGGAAUUAGCAGAUUAUUGGCCAUAUUUACCAGGCAUGGAUUGGCAAAUGCCAAUGUUGUCUAUCAGAAAUGUAGCUUACAUUGGUUUAAGAUCUGUGGAUCGUUACGAAAGAUUGGUGAUUGAAAAAUUUGGCAUCACUGCUUUUGGCAUGGAAGACAUAGAACGCUAUGGUAUUCAUGAUGUAAUGCAUAUGGCGCUGAAUAAGAUAGAUCCUCAUAACUCAAGAUCUUUACAUGUUAGUUUUGAUAUAGACGCAUUAGAUCCUAUCGAAGCACCUAGUACUGGAACUCCAGUCCGCGGAGGACUGUCUUUAAGAGAAGCAAUUAAUCUUAUGGAAGAAAUAUACAGAACACAUAGAUUGAGUGCCAUAGAUUUGGUAGAAGUCAAUCCACAAAUUGGCAGCGAGAGAGACGUGAAGAUCACUGUAGAAGCAGCCAUACAUAUCAUUCAAGCAGCUUUGGGAUAUAGUAGACGUGGUUUAAGAGUACCUAAGGGUAUCACUGAUAUACCACUACCUUUACAGACAAAUCAAUAACAAUUUUGUUAUUACUUCAAUUUUAAUUCUUUCAUAUCUUCUAAUUCAAUUGCUUUCAAAAUUAUUUAACCAAUUAAUUAAAUAAAAUUU